GCUGCGGUUUUGGGUGCCGCCCGGCUCCGGUGUUUCACGGCCCGGCCAUGACGGAGGCGGAGGCGAACGGCGAUGGCGCAGACGGCAAAGUGGGAGACUUGAGUUUGGAAACUGCGGCAGUGCCAGGUGAGGCUGAUAACUUGCUGGAUAAGAUCUUGAAGAAUGCCCUGGCACCCAAGGUGAAACCUGAAGGUGUGAAGAAGGAGGGUGUGAAAUCGGAAGUGAAGUCUGAGUUGAUCAAGAGCGAGGUGAAGACUGAGAAGGGCAUCAAGCAAGAGAAAUUGGACGCACCUGCACUGCCGGACAUCGACGGAGCUGGAAGGCUGAAGAAAAGAAGCCGAAGUCGAAAGAAGAACAAGAAGAAGAAGUCGAAGUCACGCAAGCGAAGAAGGAAGAGCAGUUCGAGCUCCCGUAGCUUGUCCAAGAGUCCCGUGCAAGCGGCCUUGGACGGCUUGCCGCAGGCGCGUGUGGUGGCCGUGCGAGGUCACUUUGCACAGUACCUAAGCCCCGCGGGCGAGACCUUCUACAAGAACGUGCUGACCGGAGAGAUCAUCUGGCAGAAGCCCGGCAACUUCGACUGCCAGCCGUCGCGACGUGCGGGUGAGAUGACGCCCGCUCCCGGUGAGGCGGCCUGCUACAUUUUCCACAUGCCGCCUGAGUGGAGUGAGUCCGACCUCAUGCAGCUCUUUGCGCCCUUUGGCCAGGUCACGGCGGCACACGUCCAGCGUGACGCCAACGGCUUCUCGCGAAGUUGCGGCUUCGUGACGUAUGCCUCGUCCCAAGCUGCUGAACAGGCCUCCAACAUGAUGAACGGCUUUGGUGUGGACGGAAAGUUCCUGAAGGUUUCGCUGACACAGUGCGAAGCCACCUCUCUGUUCGUUCGAGCUGUGGGGCACUGUGGGGCACCGCGGCCACUCUUCGAUGCCCACUGUCACCUCCAGCUGCGCUCGCAGCCGCCUGCGGCUGUGGUGGAGCGCGCGCGCCGACGCGGCGUCCAAGGCGCCGCGGUGUGUGGCUGCCAUGCCUCCGACUGGGAAAAGGUGCAGAUGAUGUCCAGGGACUUCCCAGACUUUGUCGUGCCUUCCUUCGGGAUCCAUCCCUGGUGGGCUGGGGCAGCCGGAUCUGAUGGAGACGGACGGGAACUGCGGGAACUCUUAGAGCAGAUCCCAACGGCAGGGGUGGGUGAGUGCGGAUUGGAUGGCGGGAAAAAGAAGGAGAUUCCAAUGGAGCUGCAGAUGGAGGUGCUUCGACCGCAGCUUGACUUGGCUCUGGAAUAUCAGAGGCACGGGGUCCAGCUGGGGCACUUGGCUCAGGUGGUUGCCUUGCUAGAAACUGUAGAGCAUGGCGUUCAGGCCUGUGUCGUUGCAUUGCGUGGCUGCACAUGGCACUUUACUCCAGGCUUUGGGCUCGGCUCAGCUGUCUUUGGCCGCGGACAUGGUCCUGGUCUGGUGUCGGGGAGCACGGUUCCCUCGGAGCAUGUGAAAAACUCGGACAUGCCCUGCACGGGGGGCCCGUUUCGCUGCCGUGCCGGGUACGACCGUAGCCGCGUCAUGAGCGGCAUGUCGAACGGCACUCUGGUGCAUCAGGCGAUGCCAAAAGGACACGGAAGAAAGGAUGCGCUACGAUGGGCCCUGAUCACAGGGGCCACGGUGAUGAUCAUGAUCUUCAUGAUCGUGCUGUGUUUUGGUUCGAUUCGAGGAUGCCACAAGGUACAGAGUUGCGUGGUGGCCUUCGAAGCGGAGAGCGUCAAGACUCAGCUGAAUGGUUAUGCCAUCGUGGGGCUAUCUACGGCCUUUGUCUUGGAGUUGGUGAGUCUUCACUUUAGCUAUGAAAGCGCUCGGCCAGUGUUGGGUCUGGUAAAUGGUUUGGACAACACCUUCAUGCCACCGGUUCUCCUUUGCGUCACACUCUUUGUGCUCAUCUUGGAGAACCUCAUUUUCUUCUUCAGCUCAACGCCCUGGUUCGCCAAUGCCAGUGCAGCUGGGCUGCCUGUCUACACCGCCAUCUAUGUUGAAUGGCUCAUCAAUGUGCCAAUUUUGUUGGUCCUGGCCGGCUGCUGUGCCUUAAAUCGCUCCACCGAUGAGGAAGAUGACAAAACUGCCAUCAUUUCUCAGUGGCAUGUUCCCAGGCAGCCGCUCUCCAGACACCACGUCUGGGGGCUCAAGCGCUUCCCGCAGCACAGCGCCGCCCCCGCCGCCGCGGUUUCCAAGGAGGUUCUCCUAGAGUCCAUCGAACAUGUGGCCAGCACAGUUGAGCCAUGGAGUCCUGAGGACUAUGUUGGACAAAUGCUCUUACAAGAAGCUGUGCGCAACCAUGGACGUGUCGAUUUGAUGACAAAGAAGAAUGGCGAGAAGCUGGCAGUCAAACGCAUGCCUACUCGAUGGGUGCGCGAGGGGCCCACGGAAUUCAACGAGCAGUACCCGACCGCCUCGGAACGGCCCUGGGUGGAUAUCGGCCUCGUCAGGUAUUUAAACUCCAUCCGAUAUCCCUACGUUUGUAAUCUCAUUGGCGUUUUCAGAGACGAUGAGACCACCUACGUAGCAUCAUCUCUUGCCACUCAAGGAGACCUUUUCUCCUGGUGCGACGCUGAUCCUGGCCCUGGAAGGGCUCGGGAAGACGUGAUGCUUCCGAUCGUAGGUCAGAUCUUCAUCGCCGUGAGGUGGCUCCAUGAUUUGGGGGUGGCACAUCGCGACCUGUCCCUUGAGAACAUUCUUCUUACAGAAGCAUCAGGUUCGCAACAAGUGAAACUGAUCGAUUUUGGGAUGUGCACUGUGAAUAGGAUGUGCAAGAGGGAAGUUCGUGGCAAGCAGUCCUAUCAAGCACCUGAGAUGCACGGUUCUGACUCCUAUGACGCCUUCCUAGCUGACGACUUUGCUUUGGGGGUGGUGGUUUUCGCCAUGGCCGUGCAAGACUACCCCUGGACCUCAACCAAGAAAGGUGCAUGUCAGCUAUUUGACUACAUCUCGACCUUCGGCCUCAUGAAGUUUUUGAGGAAGAGGAAGUUGCGGAAAGGCACGGAACACCUUGCAGAGGUGAUGAGUACCGAGCUAACUCAGAUGGUGGACUACAUGCUCCAGUUUGAUGUGAACAGUCGUCUUUGCUUAGGUGAAGUUUGCUUUGGGGCGGCCGAGACGCGUGGAAGCGUCUGGGAUCAGCCAUGGAUCCAACCCUUCAGGUCCAGCGCGGAAGGGCGCUGA